UACGGCGAGUCAACCAACGUAAAUUCCCCAUAAUUGAAGUUAAACUACGAUUCAAACGAAAAUUUGACAAUCUACCAGUUUUAAAGAUAACAUUUAGCUACAAGGUUUUAUGUGACUACACUUUCAGAUUGCUGAACAAAAUCACAUGCAUCACCCCGCUCCCAAGCAAAACCACCUCGAAGAGCCUCCGUCAAGUCGAUGUUUCAACAAACUUCCAACUCGUCCCAUUUGGAGAUGUCCUUCAACUCAAGAAGAUAAUGUCAAAGGAAAUAAAUAUGAAAGAUUUGGCGUUCAUAAAAUCGCUGAUGAUUUCUCUCGCCAAUGCCACUCUGACCAAUCCAAACGUCAAGAGGCUGAUGGAAGACCCGGCUGAACGCUUCGACGCUGUCAUUGCUGAGUGGAUGUACACUGAACUUUUCGCUGGAUUCGCAGCCGUCUUCAACUGCCCCCUAAUCUGGUUUUCCUCCAUGGACCCCCAAGCUCUGGUCCUUCGUCUGAUCGACGGGACCCCCAGCCCGGCAUACUUCGCCGACCCAAUGUCUGCAGAACACCCUCCUUUUGACUUCGGGCAGAGAAUAAAUGGACUCUGGCUUCUUUUUCGAAGGAUGAAGCUGGAAUGGUCUACAAGAAGCAUUGAAGACUCAAUUUACAACUCGGAGUAUGGACCAGCAGCGGCCAUAAGAGGUAUCACCCUUCCCUCCCUGACGGUGAUGAGGUACAACGCUUCCCUCAUGCUGGGGAACUCCCACAUAUCCAUGGGACAGUCCAUCAGUCUGCCGCAAAACUAUAAAGAAAUACUGGGGUACCACAUAGCGGAUAAGGUGCAGCCGUUGCCUGAUAAUAUCAAAAAGAUAUUGGACGGUGCGAAACACGGCGUGAUAUAUUUCAGCAUGGGGUCCAUGCUAAAAAGCACAACGUUCCCCGAAGCGCUGAAGAGGGAACUUCUAGACAUGUUCCGAGGCUUCAAACAGACUGUUCUCUGGAAAUUCGAGGACGUACCACCAAAAUUGCCUGUGAACGUCCAUGUUGUGAAGUGGGCUCCACAGCAAGACGUUUUGGCUCACCCCAAUUGUGUGCUGUUCAUCACCCACGGAGGUCUCCUGUCCAUCACCGAGACCAUACACCACGCGGUCCCCAUCAUAGGGAUCCCGAUGUUCGCAGACCAGUUCCUGAACAUCAAUCGCGCGGUCAGAAAGGGGUUCGGGAUCAAGGUCAGCCUGGACUGGGAUUUGACGAAGAAUUUGAAGUCGGCUAUUGAAGAAAUACUGCGGAACUCUAGCUACCAAGAGAAAGUGAAGGAGGUUUCAUUUGUCUACCACCACCGACCAACGCCACCUGGUGCAGAACUAGUGCACUGGGUAGAACACGUGGUCAAAACCCGCGGGGCACUUCAUCUGAGGUCUCCAGCACUGAACGUAGCGUUCUACCAGAAGAUGUACCUAGAUCUGGUAGCAGUAGUGGUGGUAGUUCUUGUAGUGGUAGUAAAAGUUGUAAAGAGUAUUCUGAAGUUGAAGAAAGGAAGUGAGAAAUCGAAGGAGAAACAGAGAUGAUUUAGGAUUUAAUUUACAUAAUUAUAAGAGUUUUUUAACUAUCUUAAGUAGUUCUGGGCCAAGAACAAUCCAAUUCUAAAAAUAUUAAUCACUAACAUGGUUGGUAUAGAAUUAUA